CUCCCUCCCUCCCUCCCCGCCGCCGCCGCAGCCGCACCGAGACACAAAAAGCGGCUGGGGCAGGGCCGCGCCGGCACCAUGGCGGAGACCACCAAGACCCACGUUAUCCUGCUGGCCUGCGGCAGCUUCAACCCCAUCACCAAGGGCCACAUCCAGAUGUUCGAGCGAGCCCGGGAUUACCUGCACAAGACCGGACGCUUCAUCGUCAUCGGUGGCAUUGUCUCACCUGUGCACGACUCCUAUGGGAAAACGGGUCUGGUCUCAAGCCGGCACCGCCUGACCAUGUGCCAGCUGGCUGUCCAGUCCUCCGACUGGAUCAGGGUGGACCCCUGGGAGUGCUACCAGGACACCUGGCAGACCACCUGCAGUGUGCUGGAGCACCACCGUGACCUGAUGAAGAGAGUGACUGGCUGCAUCCUCUCCAAUGUCAACACCCCCUCCAUCACCCCUGUGAUCGGCCAGCCCCAGAACGAGUCCUCGCAGACCAUCUACCAGAACAACAACAACAAUGUCUCCAACAAGCCCACUGCAGCAAAGAUCCUGGGGAAGGUGGGAGAAAGCCUGAGCCGGAUUUGCUGCGUUCGCCCACCCAUGGAGCGCUUCACCUUUGUGGAUGAGAAUGCCAACUUGGGGACAGUGAUGAGAUAUGAGGAGAUCGAGCUUCGCAUCUUACUCCUCUGUGGCAGCGACCUGCUGGAGUCCUUCUGCAUCCCUGGUCUCUGGAAUGAGGCAGACAUGGAGGUGAUCGUUGGGGAGUUCGGGAUCGUGGUGGUGCCCCGGGAUGGCGCAGACCCCGACCGGAUCAUGAAUCACUCCUCCAUACUGCGCAAGUACAAGAACAACAUUCUUGUGGUGAAGGAUGACUCAAACCACCCCAUGUCGGUUGUCAGCUCCACCAAAAGCAGACUGGCCCUGCAGCAUGGGGAUGGACACGUUGUGGAUUACCUCUGCCAGCCCGUCAUCGACUACAUCCUCAAGAGCCAACUCUACAUCAACGCCUCCGGCUAAGUGCCAGGGGCCUUGCAGCGAGACAGCCCUCGUGUCCCGCCUGCCUACAGCUCUCCAUCACUCUUUUCUCUCCCUCUCUCUCUCAGUCCGUGUCUCCAUCUAUCUCCCCACCCCAUGGCCUCCUGCCCGUGUCUGCCUCUCACCGCCGGCGCCAACGCUCCAUCGUGCAGCAAUGUCCAGGGAACAGCGGCACAGGCCCCAAGGGGCACAGUUCGGUCUCUCUUUUUGGGGGAACUGCCCUCCCCUUCACUCGUGGGGAAGGAGGGGGGAACCGCUGGAAGAGCCGUGCGCUCGGUGCGCUCCAGGGGAGGCGUCUCCAGCACCCCCCUCCCAGCAUGUCACUGGGAAAUGGUCCCCUCGGUCUGUCAUCCCAGCAUGCUCAGAGCAGGGGCUUCCUCUUCCGCAUCAUCUUACGGUACCUAAGCUCAGUAAAUCUAGGUGGACUUUUUUUUGCUUAUAUAGUUCUAGCGCGAGCCCUUUGGACCUCUCAACAGGAUGACCAAUUGAAUCCUGGUUGGCAGCAGGCAGUUGUAGCCCAGCUGGCUUGGUGUCCCAUGGCAGGUGGACCCCCUACGGCCAGUAGAAGGACAACCCUGCUUGCAAAAUCCUCCUUCUGGCCAUGAAAAAUCAUAGAGAGGGCAUUUCUGAAGGGGAGCAGAAGCCUUGGCGAGCACCGUUGCCAAAGCACUACUAAAGGGAAGGUCACGUCUCAUCUUUACUUGGCUGCAAGUGAAUUCAACCACCCCAAGCCACCCCCGCUAGGCAAGUGGGGUUCGGGUGAUGCUCUGGUCCAACCCAGUGUUGGAGGGAGCAGCCCACAGCACCUGGGAAGUGAUCUGCCACUUAUGAAGCCAAGAAACAAGGUAGGAAGAAGCAGGUGGUGACCCAAAACCUCUGGUGAGACUUUGCCCCAAACCUGGCUACGCUUCAUGGGGAAUGGGUCCAUCCCCAUCCUCUAGCCUCCAGCUCUCUGUUCCUGUCUGCAGAUUCUGCCUUCUCCCUCCACUCCUACCCUCUUCCUUUCCUUGAAGAGUUUAUUAAACGCAUACUUCCCCCCUCCCUCCCCGACCCCAAAGCAGCUGUGGCUGCUUUGCACAUCCCUUGGGACACGCCAGGAUCCUGCUCUCCUGCCUGUGAGGUGCCCCCAGGUGCCAGGGAUGAAGCCUAGAGGAGAUGCUCACACUAAAAGCAUGGCAGGUAACACGGAGCAAAAGAAACUCACGGAAGUCCUGCAGAGAGGAGGGUUGCUGAAGCAGCCCCUUGUCCUGCUGAGCUCCCCUGGGCUGCAAGGACCCUGCACGGCCCCUGGGAAAGGUCACAGCCACAAGGGGCAAAUCACAGUCCUGCUUUACUUCUCAUCUUUCCCUCUUCUUUUGCUUAUAUCCUUGUAUGGCUUUGGGGAUGGACCUGUUGCCUGUAGCUCCUGGACCUCUGCCCGCUCCCCACAGCUCUGGGCUAACCAGAGACACCACCACCACCCUCUCCCAAAGCACGACAGCCGACCACGCGGGCUUCCUGGCUUCCCUAGGGCUGUGACGAGCUGCUGGUCCCCAGCAAGGGACAGUGUUGCAGUGAGACACCUGAAGGCUAAGAGUCCUCCAGGGUCCUUUAGGGAAAGAGCUGAAAUUACUUUUGGUUUUUUGUAUUUGUUUUUUUUUCCCUUAAACAUCUACGAAGGGUCACAAACUGCUCUCACGGAAGCUCUGAAGACAAAACGUGGUCCUAAAUUUAGUGACCCGCUGGAAUCUGCUACCAUCUCUGUAACAGUAAGCAACUUUGGACAAAUCAAGGUAGCCUACAGCCUUGCAGCAGGCAAGGAUUUGCGAGCAGUAGCUAACGACUUCUCGAGGAGGGCACAGCCCUCCCCAGAGUGGAAAGCAAGAGAGGCAGAAGUGCUGUGACUUGCCCAAAAUCCAGAAGAGGUCUUUCCUUGCUGGAGAUUUCCCUCCACGUGGAGAGGCUUGUUCAGGAACUCUCAUAAAUUCAGCAGCUGGAUUCCCUCAGUGCCAGCUCUGGUGUCUCCAGGCAGUUGCAGACGUUUCCUGCGGGAUUGGGGAGACACGGAGUUGCCGAAGCAGAGAGGAUGGCAAGAGCAUGCAAGGCUCUGCAUGCAGAGAUGCCUCCUCUCCAGGGAGGUCUUCAGACAGUUUGAAGUGCUCACCAAUACCCCACCGAGCCCCUUAGCAAACACACUGAGCGGGUGCCCGUGGUGGGACCCCUCAUCUGCGAGACACCCGAUGUACGCCAGCCAGCAGCCAGACUCCUCUCCAUCCAUCGUUCUUGUGCGUUCAGUCUUUCAGCCUCUCCUCCCUCUCCGCCCCAGCACAGAAGUUAUUUCAGACAGCCGUCUCCUCUCUUUGCCAGACAUGACCCACGUGUCUUAGCUUCAAGUUGAGGACAAGAAGCGACGCUAGCAGCCAGCCUCCAACCCACCCACACACACACACACGGAGGGAUUUUAACCUCCUGAGGAGCAAUGGCUCUUUGGAGGGAGAGGAAGGACAGCGGGUUUUAACUGAGGGAAAGACAAAAGGAAAUAAAACAAAGGAGAUGGAAGGCAGGCAGCAGGGCAGAGGGCCAUCUCAGACCCUUCCUCCCUCAGGUACACAAGGUUGGAACACAUGGGAAGCCCAGGUGGCUUCCCGUCCCACUGCGGUUAGGACGGCACGCCUUAGAGAUAGCGUCGUGGUACGGGUGAUGAGGAUGUUCUGUCUUACCUGCACCUUUGUGUACCCACUCGGUAAAAACUCAUGGAACGGGGAGGUGGGAUGGGGGGUCGUAACAAGUCAUUCAGCUCUGGGACUGGUUUGGGAAACGUCUUUGGGUGGGUGUGGGAAGAAGAAAUAACCAUCCCUGAAGAUCCACGCGACUGCUGGAGAAGUAGAGGCAUG